CGCUGCCUUGCCGUAGCCGGAGUUUGAGAGCGAGCUGCCUUUGCUGGCGCCGCCGCCGCCCGUGGAACUUCCGUGCUCGCGGGAUUCGAAACGCCACAAUGGCUCAGAACGUCCAGAACGUCACGCUGGCGCUCACGCUGCCCAUCACCUGCCACAUCUGCCUGGGGAAGGUACGUCAUCCAGUCAUCUGUGUCAACCACCACGUAUUCUGUUCCAUUUGUAUUGAUGUGUGGCUGAAGAACAACAGUCAGUGUCCAGCUUGUAGGAUUCCUAUCACCCCUGACAAUCCCUGCAAGGAGAUUAUCGGAGGAACAAGUGAAAGUGAACCAAUAUUUAGUCCUACAGUCCGAAAGCAUCUUCGCAAAACCAGACUUGAACUGCUCCACAAAGAAUAUGAGGAUGAAAUAGAAUCCCUGCAGAAAGAAAUGGAAGAGCUGAGAGGUAAAUAUCUCAGUUUAGAGUCACAGUUGAAAACAGUCCUGGAUCCUGAGGCCUCUGGUUUAUGUAACAAAAAUGAAGAAAGCUCUCAGACCACGGAGGAGGCAAGUGGAGCUGUCCCAGAAACUCUGGAGGAGUUGACCAAAAAGCUUAAAGCUGCUAAUGACCUAUAUGAAAAAAUGAAAGAUGAAGCAGAAAAGUUAAAGGAGACAAAUAAGAAACUGAGCCUGGAAAACAGUGGCCUUUUGAGAGAGAACUUGCGACUGAAGGCUGAAGUUGAUAGUAGAUCACCCCAAAAAUUUGGUCGGUUUACAGUAGCUGCACUUCAGUCCAGAGUAGAGCAGUGUGAACGUGAAAUGAAUCGUUUGAAAAAAGCACUAGAAAGGAGUGAUAAAUAUAUAGAAGAACUGGAGUGUCAUCUUUCACAACUAAAAGGGCCAAGUGAGACUAACCAAAGUGAGAAUAUUGUUAGUGAGGGAGUACUUUCCACAGAUGAUAAAGGAAGUGAAAGCAGUGAGGAUGAUGCUGCCUCAUUAAAAAGCCAAGUAGAAAGCCUAGAGGAAAAGACUCUGACUACCAGUCAAAAUCAGGACCAGCCUGAGCAUCUGAAAGAUUGUGGAGCAUGCUCAACCUCUGCUAGUCAAGACAGUUUGGAUGGGUCAAACACUCAGUGUCCCACAAAUAAAGAACUAUUUUCAGGUUGUCAGGAAGUUCUCUUGGCUAUAGCUACUACAAAUACAGAUGCUGACUUAGAGCAACAGUGGGAGAAAAUUGAGGAUCGUGAAGCUUAUAAAGAUGAAGAACUAUAUGAGCUUCCAGCACCUUGUACACCUUCUUUGUCUCUUAGUUGUCUCCAUUUGAACACCCCUGACGUUAAAGAAAGUCCUGUUAUAAAACAAGAGGACACAAGAAAGCCACCUGCCUUCCUAAGGAAAUUGGAAUUUGAGGAUUUGUGUGAUGCUCCAGAGGACUGCAACAAAGCUUCUCCAGAGGACAGUGUAAGCAGCUGUAACAAUGAAAAUAAGCUAACCUGUUUUACUUCAACAAAACCAGUGUUUUGGGAUAGCUGCCCAACAAACUACACUGAGAACUUAGAUUUUGAUGCCUCCCAGCAAAAUAUAAUCACUAAUCAUUCAGGAAAGCUACCAGUAAAGUCCAUUGAGAAGACAAGUGUGUGCUUAUCUAAAAGGUUACAUACUAUAUCCUCUUCUGAAAUGAACCGCACACGAACAUCCAGUGAGGCAUCCAUGGAUGCUGCCUAUCUUGAUAAAAUCUCUGAGUUGGACUCUAUGAUGUCUGAAUCUGACAACAGCAGGAGUCCUUGCUACAAUUUUAAAUCCUCUGACCUUGAUAAUCCUUCAGAGUCGACGGAGAGUUCUGAACUUAUGAAUGAAACGGAUAUGAAGCUGGAAGAAAGGAAUGAACAAAAGAGUUCAAAAUGCCUGGAGUCAAAUGACCAGCCAGCAGACAGAAAUGACUGGAAAUCGGCUAUGUUUUCUGUCCUUUCUCCAUCUGGACUACACCUGAAUGAGCGCUUCCGACUGUUUUCAAGCCAAAAUUCUGAAACUGCUGAAAUGAAAUCUCAGAAUUGUUUGUUUCAAAGAGAAUUUUCCCCAAGUAUUCUGUUCAGUAAUUCACAAAGGUUAUUUGAAGAACAGAAGUUUGGUUCCUCUUUUUUUAAGGUGUCUCCUGAUGUGCAUAAUCCACUUCAGUCUCCUUGGGCAGCUUCCUUCAUUCCUGAAAAGAAAAAUAAGAGUGUUAAUCAGUCAACCAAAAGGAAAAUUCAGAGCAGUCUUUCUAGUGCUAGUCCUUCAAAAACUACUAAAAACUGAUGCUUGUAAGUUUUGAAGUUCUUAUUCUUGGUGCCAAAUUAAGAACAGUUCCCAGUGAACUUGAUCUUCUUGCGAGUUCCAUUGUGACCCUUUUGACCAAGUGAAAGUGAAUAUUCCUUCUUCAAAUCUAUUACCCACUGUUUAAUUUUAGAGAAGAACCCUUCAGUUUUCUUCUUUGAUUAAGCAUCUUUGUUCUGUACUCCUUGGAUUUCUUGUUUAAUUGCCAGGUUACAUAAUUUUUGUGUUGGUGAACAGCAGCUCUAUCCUCCAUGAGUGACGGAUUUUAAAUUUAAGCCAUCCUGUUAAGAGGAACGAACUUGUUUAAAAUAUUGCAUUUCCUGUGCUAAAAGAAAACAUUCUUUUAUGCAUGUAAACCUGUUACUGGUUAUAGUAUGGUUUCAUUCAUUUGCUAUUAAACAUUGGAAAUUCUUGUCCUAAAA